AUGAUAUGCACGUUUUAUCAAAAAUAACUAGUUUCUUUUUUCCAGAAUUUUGAUUUGUUUUACUCUGUAACUAAUCUCUCCAACAAUGGAUCCAGAAAAGGAUCGCCCUUCAAGUACACAUGAUUCUGCUCACUGGACAACGAAUGCAGGAGCUCCGGUUUGGAACAAUAAUAACUCUCUCACUGUCGGAGCCAAAGGUCCAAUCCUCUUGGAGGAUUACCAUCUAGUAGAGAAAAUUGCUAAUUUUGAUAGGGAGCGGAUCCCUGAAAGAGCUGUCCAUGCUAGGGGUGCUAGUGCAAAGGGUUACUUUGAGGUCACCCAUGAUGUUACUGAUUUAACAUGUGCUGAUUUUCUUCGAGAAAAAGGUGUCCAGACACCUAUAAUUGUUCGGUUCUCUACUGUUGUCCAUGAGCGUGGAAGUCCUGAAAGCCUUAGAGAUCCUCGAGGUUUUGCAGUGAAGUUCUACACCAGAGAGGGUAAUUUUGAUAUGGUGGGAAACAAUAUGCCUGUGUUUUUCGUACGUGAUGGGAUCAAAUUCCCAGACAUGGUUCAUGCUUUUAAACCCAAUCCGAAGACUAACCAGCAAGAAAAGUGGAGAAUCAUGGACUUCUUUUCCCACGUGCCCGAGAGUUUGCACAUGUUUACCUUUCUCCUGGAUGACGUAGGUAUUCCACAAGAUUACAGGCACAUGGAAGGAUUUGGAGUUAACACGUUCAGCCUUUUUAACAAGGCUGGGGAUGCACACCUAGUCAAAUUUCACUGGAAACCAAAAUGUGGAGUGAAGUGCUUGUUACCCGAGGAAGCCAUUAAGGUAGGAGGAACUUGUCACAGUCAUGCCACCAAAGAUCUCUAUGACUCAAUUGAAGCAGGAGAAUUUCCAGAGUGGGAACUUCUUAUGCAAGUUAUGGAUCCUGAACAAGAAGACAAGCUUGAUUUUGAUCCACUCGAUGUGACAAAGACUUGGCCUGAGGACAAGUUCCCCUUGAAGCCAGUGGGACGCAUGGUGUUGAACAAGAAUAUUGAUAACUUUUUUGCAGAAAAUGAACAGCUGGCGUUCUGCCCUGCUAUUGUCGUUCCUGGUAUCUAUUAUUCAGAUGAUAAGCUUCUUCAAACCCGAAUAUUUUCAUAUCCUGAUGCUCAGAGGUACCGUCUUGGGCCAAACUAUCUACAGCUUCCUGUCAAUGCUCCCAGGAAUGCUCAUCACAACAAUCACCAUGAUGGUAAAAUGAAUUUUAUGCACAGGAAUGAAGAGGUCAAUUACUUCCCAUCUAAGUUUGAUCCAGUACAGCACGCUGAUAAGUACCCCAUGCCUAAAUCUGUUGUGAAAGGAAUCCGUGAAAAGUGUGUGAUCGAAAAAGAGAACAACUUCUCACAGGCAGGAGAAAGAUACCGAUCAUUUGCUCAAGACAGGAAAGAACGAUUCAUCAACAUGGUGGUUGAUUUUUUGUCUGCUCCACGCGUUACUGAUGAGAUUCGCAAGAUAUGGAUCUCAAACUGGUCCCAGGCUGAUGAGUCUCUCGGUAAGGAGGUAGCAUCCCGCCUCAAAAUGAGCAGUUGAACCUGAUAUCAGGAGGCGCUCUCGGUAUAGAUUAAUAAGAGGAUUAGACAAAAUAAACUGUUGUGUGGAGUUCAACGUAGAACACUUUUCAGAUUAUUUGUACUGUGAGACUACAGUUCUCUGCUCCAGUAUUUGGAGUUUUUGAAUAAUCUGUUACAGAUAUUCUGUUUUCCUGGUUUGUAAAAGGAAUAAUGGCUUUGCCUUUACACUAUGAUUCAAUAAAACCAGUGAUUAUGAUUUUCUUUCGUUUUUGAAUUGAGAUUGAUGUUCUGGACUUUUUACCACUGUAUAAUCAAAUAUGUUUCAUUUCAAAAAAUAUAAACAAGUAACAGAGAUCCAUUUAUAU